AUGUGCAAGCACGGUGUAUUAGUUCCAACAGAGGCAAGCGAUCCAGCGAUAAAGAAAGUGUGCAAACCAGCGAUGUUGGGGAGAAUCUGGCAAGCCAGCAGACGUGGUCUGACUCUGGAUCACACGCCGUCGCAUCAUUUUGCCUGUUCCCAGUGGCAGACUGGACAUAGACCAACAGCCUCAUAUAUUGUUUACAGGUGGUUAUUUUUCCUGUCAGCACUAUCAAUUGGCUUAACAAGUUUCGCGUGCCAAAGACUGCCGCCUCUCUAUGAUGGGCCGAAGGUGGAGCUUAAUUACUUCAAGUGGUUUAUUUACUUCACGAACUGGGGAUACAUGCUCAUUGUCCUACAGGCAGCCUUAGCUUUAGCUGUUGUUCAUAAGUACAGGAAUCAGAAAACCUAUUGCAUACCUUGUGAUGAUGAAGACAUUCCAUUACCACGUCGUCAGAAGACACCAUUCCUGUGCCGUUUGUACUGGCUGGUGCAUAAUAUUGCCACGGACCUCGCGUUCGUUAUAACACUUGUAUAUUGGACAUUGGUCCAUGACCCUAGAAUGCACGAGAUAAACGCAUUAAAUAUCUUAGUACACGGCUGUAACUCACUAGCGAUGUUGCUAGAAUUGGCUGUGACUGCGCAUCCGAUACAGGCUAUGCACGCUUUGUUUGGCGCUGGCGCAGGUCUUAUGUAUGGGAUAUUCAGCGCCUUCUAUUGGGCUGUAGGGGGAACGGAUAGAGUUGGUCUCCCGGCCAUCUAUCCUGCUUUAGAUUGGAACAAACCUGGUUCGGCGUUCGGUUUCGUCGCUCUAUGUGCGGUAGUGAUGAUGUUUGCUCACGCUAUCGCUACCGUACUCGCAAUAUUACGCAUGAAGUUAGCUGCGAAACUUCGACCUUCGGGCUCACACCUCGACAAGUUCACUCUGCCUACACACUGA